GGUAAAAUCCUGGUCGGGACAAAGGAUAAUACGGUGAUUGAGGUGGCCGAGAAGAGUGGGACCAACUCCGUGUUAGUUGGGGGCCACGCAGAGGGAGAAGUCUGGGGCCUCGAUGUUCAUCCCACAAGUCCCUGUUUUGUUACUGCCAGCUUCGACGGCACUGUCAGGUACUGGGACCUCUCUAAAAAGGCUACUGUGGCCAGACUGGACAUCGGAGCUGCCCGGUCCACAGCGUUCAGUGUGGAUGGUGAAAUGUUAGCUGUAGGUCUGAAAAAUGGAGAGUUUGUUGUGCUGACAACGAAUGGACUGAAGCUGUGGGGGAAACGAAGGGACCGAGCAGGAGCCAUCAAUGACGUCAG